AUGAUCCAAACAAAAAAACCAAGCGGCAAGCGGCAACAGAUUGUCUGGCGUCUUGAAUGUGAGCUGGGCAUCAUUUCCGAUAGUGACUGUCCUAUUGAUGGAGGGUGGUCUGCCUGGAGCUCAUGGUCUUCAUGUCAAGGCCCUUGUGACGACGUUGGACACCGCCACCGAACAAGAGAAUGUAUUAACCCGCCACCUUCUCAAGAUGGUACACCAUGUAGUGGGCCAGACGAACAAACAGAUGUCUGUUACCUUACAAACUGCACUGUCAAUGAUUUUCGCGAACUGGUCAAAGGUGACUCGGCUAGAAUGGAGGCGCUAAAUCAACUUGAAGCUGUCCCUGCCUUAAUGGAACGCUGCUUACAAAUGGAAUGCCCCUUUGAAGCAAUUGAGGCCGCUCUGGCUUUUGAUAAUACGUGGCAACUUAAUUCAGAGUCCUUGUGGAACUCGUUACAAUGUGUGAAGCGUAACCUGGGUUGUCCGGUGAUAGGCGAGUGGGGAACGUGGGGUUCCUGGUCUUCUUGCGGUGCUCGAUGUGGACGCGGUUUAAAGUGGAGAUUACGGAGAUGUGAUACGCCAGCACCUUCGGAUGCGCGUCUUGCUUGCGCUGGCUCUCCUCUUAUAGCAGAUGUUUGCGUAGGCGAUCAAUGUGCUAUUACCAGCAAAGAUUCUGGAGGAAGUUGGGGUGAAUGGAGCUCUUGGUCGUCGUGCUCAGAAAAGUGCGGAGCCGGAGUAAGACGUCGAAGAAGAGUUUGUCAUGAAACUGACACUCUGCCGGCCUCCGGAACGUGGGGUACACACUGUCGGGGACAACACGAUCAGUUAGAGGUUUGUGAAAAUGGCUUUUGUUCGCUGGAUGGUGGAUGGUCUGGUUGGGGAAGCUGGGGACCUUGCUCACAAACCUGCGGAGCUGGCAGACGGGCUAGAACAAGGACCUGUACUAGACCAAUUCCUCAUGGCAAAGGAUCGACUUGUGUUGGCCCUAAAACUGAAGUUGGCUCCUGUCAUUUCUAUCCUUGUGAAAUAUAUUCUCAUACAGUUGCCAUAUUUCAUGGUGAAUCGUCUCUUCAUUAUAACCUCGAAAAUAAGCGUGCCACACUUUAUCAAUUCUAUAUGAGAUUUAUGCCCUUGUCACCGCAUGGAACAUUGGUCCGUAGAGAAGCAGGUCAAAAUUCUUUCGUUCGGCUAAGCCUACAAAAAUGGCAUGUUUGUCUAGAUGCGUGUGGUUCCAGUCGGUCGUGUUGUCUGCCUAGGACUUGCUCACACACAAACUUCGAACCAGCAACUUGGCACACCGCUCUACUGGCUGUGACGGGUGAAGGAGCUGUGUUGAGGCUCAAUGAAGCCGUCGUGCCAUUAAAGGUCGCAUGGCCUUGUGACCCAGAUUUGCCAGAUGAUAAAAUGAAAAUUUUUGUAGGAGAAAGAUUUCACGGACAAAUUCAGGAAUUAAUUUUAAAUUUUAUUCCCUUAAAUAUGAUCAUAAGCCGCAAUCAGAGAUCUAGAAAAAGCGAUUUUCAUCCGAUUGCAGCUUCAAAUAUUGCAUAUGAAAAAGCGAAUACGGAAGAAGCAUACAUGCAUAUCAACAAUGAUCAGUAUUUACGUCUACCUUGUUUCAUAGAUCAACAGAGCUGGCGCCUGGAACUAACUUUAAAAACCAAUAAAGAAGCGGGGACUAUUUUAUUUCUGAGAACUGAAAGAAGCACCAAUUGGUUACAUUUAUAUUUGCAAAAUAUGAGAUUGAAGAUGAAGUUAGCCCUAGGUAAUUUUCGAACAGAGAGUAGUAGUACAUCGGAUUGCGCAUCAGAACAAUGGCUCAACGUUACUAUUUCCAAAAAACAAGAUACAAACGCAAUAGAAGCUUGUAUCAAUGCAGGAGAACGAUUACAUGUAUUGUUCGAAGAAGUUGCUCGUAAAAGACGUGAUUCGUUAAAAACCACAACUCCAACCACCGCCUCAGUCAAUACGUCUACAUCAAUCUCAAACCUCCCAUUUUCUUUGUGCUCUGACGAAUUCUUCGUCGGUGGGAUACCAAAUAACUUAAUAAGCCAUCUAAACGAGGAAAUUGUUCCGUUUUAUGGAGUUAUAGCAUCUAUCAGGGAAAAUGGGGUCCUAUUAGAUUUACAUGGUUGUAAUAUGGAGAGAUAUAAGGAAGACAAAAUUCAAGUCUCCUCAAGAUCUGCAAGUAUAUCUGGAUCUUACCACGAAACAGCGUGGGGUAAGUCUAACAGGCUGAAUCUAACGUGCCUUCAUGCAAGAACAUCUCGAUCUCCACAUGAAGCUAGCUGGCUAUACUUAGAUACAGCUAUGGAUACAAGUACUUUGAAAGCAAAAUCUGUGAGAUCAGUUAACGAUGGACGAGUUCUGAGACUCGUAGCUACAGCUGACCACGAUCUUAGAGGUUUCUACACAUGUCGUGCGCACAGCAACAGACGUACUCAGAACAUCGUUACUUAUGGUGUUCUAGGCAAGAUUCAAUAUAAACUAACUGGCCCUGAUACGACCACAGCAAUCGCUGUUAUCACAACUCUAGUUCUCGUAAUAAGCACACUAACUUGGCUUGUCAUUGAAUGUAUUCAUGAUGUUAGGAGCGGUUAUGGUUUCUUUAGAGAUGCGCACCUGUCUCCGAAGGAAGAAGCUGAAGCGGUGUGUGAAUACAUUGAUCUCAACAUAAACUUACUGUGUUCGAAGAGCGACGCUAAAGUGGCUAAGGCUCGAGCGAGGAAGAGAGGUAGACAGUUAGUGAGCCGAUCAAAUUUCGCUGCUCAAGAGCCGCAAGGAUUAAUGCAAGAAAGUCUACAUCCGGAGCAAAGUGAUAACACGUUGAGCGAGCCCGAGGGGUUACCGGCAUUACCUGAAGUAAAGAGCUCUAGACCUGAACCAUUGCACAACGUGUAUAGCAGUGUGUAUAGGGUAGAACCAUGUUAUGCGAGUUCGCCACGUCCAGAUUCAACAUCGACCCCAAAACUGAGAGCAACGUCAACAUCUUCAUUCGAGUUGGUUUCCCCAAGAGUACUUUGCUCACGCCUUCUAAUGCACAAACGCACAUCAUCCAAAGAAAGUUUCUAUUCCAAGAAGAGUUCGGCUCGCGGCGGAUUUACAACACUUCGUAAGAAGAAGGGAAGUCUGGUGACUAUAAAGUCUUCUGUCUUUGUUGCCCAAACUCCUGCUCAAAAGAUUCUGCAAAGGUUUCAAAACCUAAAAGGCGAGGAUAAUUAG